AUGUCCGCGCCCGCGCGCGCGUCGCACGCGUCGCCGCAACGCGUCUUUUCAAACGCCGCGUCGAAAUUUCGCGCGCGUCAAACGCCGUCGAAAUCCGCCCGCGCGCGCCGCGUUCGCGCGAAGGCGACGCACGAUGAUGCCCUUCGCAAGUCGCAAGCGCUCGAAGCGCUCGAUGCGUGCGUGACGGCGUCGGAUUUGGGCACGGGGACGAAGUACGAGGGCAAGGUUCGGGACACGUACGUGACGGGCGACACGAUGAUCGCUGUGACGACGGAUCGACAGUCCGCGUUCGAUCGACACUUGGCGUACAUUCCUUUUAAGGGGGCGGUGCUGAAUCAGACGAGCCAGUGGUGGUUUAAACAAACCGAACACAUCGUGCCGAAUGCGGUGGUGGCGACGCCGGAUCCAAACGUGACGGUGAUGCGAAGGUGCGAGGUGUUCCCGAUCGAGUUCGUCGUUCGAGGAUAUCUCACUGGAAGCACGUCGACGUCACUGUGGACGCAUUAUAAAACCGGGGGUAGGAAUUAUUGCGGAAACGCGCUGGACGAUGGGAUGGUGAAGAACCAAAAACUGCCGGCGAAUAUCGUGACGCCGACGACGAAGGAGAAGGAACAUGACAGACCUAUUUCGUUAGAAGAUAUAGUGAAGGAGGGGUGGAUGAAGCAAGAUGAUUUGGACUACUGCGUCGCUAAGACGCUGGAAGUUUUCGCUUACGCGCAAGAAGUCGCGGCGACGCGCGGGCUGAUUCUGGUCGACACCAAGUAUGAAUUUGGCCGCGACGCCGACGGCACGAUUCGACUCAUCGAUGAAAUCAACACGCCAGAUAGCUCGAGAUACUGGUUGUCGAACUCGUACGUGGAGCGCCACGCUGCUGGUAUGGAGCCCGACAUGAUCGAUAAAGAGUUCUUGCGUUUGUGGUUCGCGGAGAGGUGCGAUCCGUACAAGGACGAGACGCUUCCAGAAGCGCCGGCGGAUCUCGUCGCCGAGCUCAGCUCGAGGUACGUCAAGCUUUACGAAAUGAUCACGGGAGAAACCUUCGAUGUGCCACCCGCGGGUGUUGACGUGAACAAACGCAUGCGCGACGCAUUGAAGGGAGUCAUUUAA